CUUAAAACAGUUGAAACUCAAAAUCGAAAUUUAAACGGUUCUCUUAGAGCUCCUAUGUUUAAAUUUAAAAUCUAUACUAAGAUUAAUUCAUCUACCUAUUCCGGGAACAGUUAUAAUUCGAAAUUUUAUAUAUUUCCGAACACACUUGGUUCAUCACUUAUUGCAAUUGAGGUGAAAUAAUCAAUCGUCAAACUCAAAGGCAAAAACAUCAUCAACAGUGUUCUCUCGUCAGUAUAUGGGUAAUUAAAAAAAAAAAAAAUGUCAGAAUUUGAGUACUCCAGUUCAAGUAGUAAUGAAGAGAACAGCGAUGAAGAAGAGAUGGUUUUCCCAAUUACGUCUAGACAGAAGAAAAGUGCCUUGAACAAUGUCAAAGUUUCAAAAGAACUGCGUACUCACUAUUCAAAUUUAUUCAUCGAUUCUUUUAGCUUAAUUGAUAUGUUUAUCAAAUGUAAAACAUUAAAAUACAGUUCGUUUUUAGAAAGUUUUAGUUCUUCAAAAUUUCAUGAAAUCUAUGCUAAGCCCAAUAGAGAAGGGAAACACACAUUUGUAUCUCCACAUUAUUACAUCACAACCACACAGGAUUGUCUUGCAGUAGCUAGCAAAUUUUUGAGAUCUAAAUCGACAGAAGCACGCAUAGGUGCCGUUUACUUAUUGUACACAAUUUAUAAGACACAGCCAUUUAAACAAUAUCUGGUCAAUAUAAAAAUGGUACCUAAAGACUAUUAUAAUACAAAAGAAUUGGUCAAUAAUUAUCUUAAUGAAGGUUUACUAGACCCAUCCUACUGUUUUUACCAACUGGAUAUUAAAAGAAAAAUAACAAUUACAGCUACUGCUAUUAAUCCUUGCUUAGAAGCCAACUAUCCAAGAGCUGAGGUCCGCAAAUUUAUGGGCCGUGUCGCAGACCAUUAUUUUAAGACUCAAUAUGAAGAGCGUAAAAAUUUAGAUCUAUUGAAUAAACUAGAACUGAUGGAGGAUCAAAUCCGUCAUGAAUUAACAUACAUAAACAAAUUGAGUAAUAUGUCUUUGGGUCGUGAUGCUACUCCAGAUUAUAAGCCAGAACUCUCCAGAGUGAUAGUAGAAAUAAAUGCUGCUAAAAAUGUUACUACUGCCAAACAACAAAACGAUGACAUUGAUUGUCCGAAAAAACCCCGUUAUAAAAAUACUAAUUUCAGAGCGUUCCCAGGUAAAAAUGAAGAUGUUUUAGAGGAUAUGAUUGAAUUUUCAGAACCAUCAGUCCUUGAUAAGAAUGUCGAUAACUGUCAUCCAAAAAAGAAAUUAAAGCUGUCCAAAAAGCAAAUAAAAAAUCAUAUAAAAAAAGAAGAACCACAGGAUACUUCGUUACCAUUGCCGAAAUUAAGUACUAUCCUAGAUUCAGAUUCAUCUUGUCCCAGUAUGAAUAGUGACGAAGAUGAUUAUUAUGGAAACAGAUAUAAUAAAAUGAUCUGGAAUAUUCUUGAAGGACAAGAUAUUAAUGAAGUUGUUGAUCAUUGAACUAUCAACCAAGGUGAAGACAUCUAAACGUAAAUUUGUUAUUAAUUUUAAAUAAUGAUUUAAUUGCAUAUUUUAACUAUUUGUUAAUUAUGUAUUAUUUUUAUAGC